AUGGGCACCAGGAAACGUAUGGGCGGGGAGGGUCUCCAUGUUGGAGAUCCUGUAAGACGUUUUCUGGCUGUUUGUGUCCUGUUGCAGCUUCUGGAUAUGAAGAUAUUUGUCGACACCGAUUCCGACAUCCGUUUGGUUCGGCGCCUCCGUAGGGACAUCAGCGAGCGCGGCCGGGAGAUCGAAGGUGUCAUCAAGCAGUACAACAAGUUUGUGAAGCCGGCCUUCGAUCAGUACAUCCAGCCCACCAUGCGCCUGGCUGACAUCGUCGUCCCGCGCGGUAGUGGAAAUACCGUCGCUAUUGACUUGAUCGUCCAGCAUGUGCACAGCCAACUAGAAGAGCGUGAACUCAGUGUCAGGGCUGCCUUGGCCUCUGCCCACCAGUGCCAUCCCCUCCCCAAGACCCUCAGCGUGCUGAAGAACACCCCCCAGGUCAGGGGCAUGCACACAAUCAUCAGGAACAAGGAGACCAGCCGAGACGAGUUUAUCUUCUAUUCCAAGCGCCUGAUGCGACUGCUGAUUGAACACGCCUUGUCGUUUCUGCCGUUCCAGAGCUGCACGGUUCAGACCCCGCAAGGCCAUGACUACGAAGGGCGAACGUACAGUGGGAAGCAAAUUACUGGCGUGUCCAUCUUGAGGGCUGGAGAAACCAUGGAGCCCGCCCUCAGAGCUGUCUGCAAGGACGUCCGGAUCGGUACCAUCCUGAUCCAGACAAACCGUUACACAGGAGAGCCAGAGCUCCACUACCUGAGGCUCCCGAAGGACAUCAGCGAAGAUCACGUGAUCUUGAUGGACUGCACCGUCUCCACGGGCGCAGCAGCCAUGAUGGCUGUGAGGGUGUUGUUGGACCAUGAUGUCCCAGAAGACAAGAUCUUCCUUCUGUCCCUCCUGAUGGCCGAGAUGGGCGUCCAUUCCGUGGCUUAUGCUUUCCCUCAGGUGAAGAUCAUCACGACGGCUGUAGACAAGAAAGUGAACGAUCUCUUCCGCAUCAUCCCUGGCAUUGGUAAGUAA